GUAAUAUGAGAUCAGGUGUGGUGCAGACUGUUCUGUGGUUCUCUGGAUGACGUGUUUAUUAGUGGGCGGAGCUUCAGACUGAACUUUGUCUUUAGUUUCAGUUUGUCCUCGGCUGCUCUAGGUAUUUAACCCCCACCUGGCUGCAGCAGACGGAUCAGACGUCUCCAUGGCUCACAUGAAGGGUUCUUCCUKGGACUUCCUGUUCACCUCUCUGGGUCUGCCCCUCUUCCUGCUGGACAUCGUCCUGGACGUCCUGGCUGCUGUCAGCCUGUAUCAGGAGGGGUCCUAUGUGUGCCUGGGAGUCCUGCUGCUGCUGCUGAUCGGCUCCUCGCUGCUCGCUCAGACCUUCAGCUGGCUCUGGUACUCAUAUGAAGACUUAGAGAUGAACACAGUGGUGGAGCAACGUCUGAAGCCCAACAUCUGGACACUGCAUGUGUUCCAGCUGGGGAUCUACGUCAGACAUGCAGGAGUGUUUGAGACGUCACUGAGGAACUGCUUCUCCCCGAGUCCAAACACCGAGGGACAUGCCAACUUCCUGAGCCACGACCUGGCCAUGCUGCGGAUCAUCGAGACCUUCUCAGAGAGCGCUCCUCAGAUCGUCCUGAUGCUCACCGUCAUCAUGCAGGAGGGACACCUGGACUACUUCACAGUGCUGAAGACCGUUGGAUCGAUGUCGGUGGUGGCCUUCAGCGUCACCACGUACCACCGCUGCCUGCGCUCCUACCUGAGAGAGAAGAAGCAGCAGACCAUCGUCUCGUCCGUGGUCUACUUUCUGUGGAAACUGCUCCUGCUGAGCUCUCGACUCGUGGCCCUCUCGCUCUUCACCUCUGUGCUGCCCUGCUUCAUCUUCGCCCACUUCUUCUGCUCCUGGCUGGUUCUGUCCUUCGUCGCCUGGAGGUCUAAGACUGACUUCAUGAACAGCAGGUUUGGAGAGUGUCUGUUCAGGGUCACAGUGGGCCUCAUCUGGUACUUUGACUGGUUCAGUGUGGUGAAGGGCAGGACGAGGAUGAAGAGGCUGCUGUACCACAGCUACAUGCUGGCUGAUAUCUGCCUCCUCUGUGGACUCUGGUUCUGGAAGAUGAGCACAGAUCCUCCUGUCUUUAACAUCCCUCAGCCUUAUGCUGCCAUCGUGGCCUCCAGUGUGGGCGGAGUUUAUGUCCUCGGCCUGGUUUUAAAACUGAUUUAUUAUAAAUACUUCCAUCCAAACGUGCAGAAAGAGGAGCUGAGAGGAGGCAGCUCAGAGGAGCAGAACAUCCAGGAGGGUCCUCGACAACCUGACGAGGUGGACUUACCCCSCAACAUGGUGAGUGUGGAGAUGGACUCUGGUUCCAUGGAGACUGAGGAGGGAGGCGGUCCAAUCACGAUGAGGGCUGCAAYGUUCAACGUUGAUGACGUCUCAGAGCGCAGCCAGCCCAAACCUGAACGUUGCAACAAAAGAAUGAGGAAACUGGCCGAGAACUUCUACUGCUGAGACCAGAGACCGGUGUCCCACUGGACCAGAGACACAACCGACCCAGAACUUGGGCCGUCAGCGCCACCUUGAGGUCYUCAAAAGAACAACAUUUUUUAACUUUGGGCCUCAGAGGGCCGUGGGAUCACAUUGCUUUUGAAUAAGGUGCAAUACACUUUCUCACCACUAGUAGCAGUAGUGCACCA